AUGGCGAAGCCUCCCUGGCAGGAGGAAUCGGUGGGUGCUGUCCUGGGCAAGGACGAGGCCGGCACACGUGGCGUGGGGAACGUGCCGGGCGGCCUGCGGGAGAAGCUGGCCCGACAGGGCACGGUCGACGUCCGCUACAUGAUCGUCAAUGAGAAGGCGCCACUCUCCCGCGCCAUGUUUGGGGAUCUGGAGCGCCAGGCUCCGCCGGGCGUCCCUGUCUUCCAGCCGGAGCCGGAGGAGCCCGACGUCUGGCAGGUCCUGGGGGGAGACAAGGAUGACUUCCUCGUCUACGACCGGUGCGGCCGCCUGGCUUUCCACAUCCAGCUGCCCUACAGCUUCCUCCACUUCCCCUACGUAGAGUCGGCCAUCCGUUUCACCCACAGCAAGGACCUCUGCGGCAACUGCUCCCUCUACCCCAACGCCACCCAGGAGGUUAACAGCACCAUGGAGGUGCCUGUAACCCUCAGCCCGCUCCCCAAACAAGAGGAGAAGGAGUCAGAGACCCCCAUCCACCAGCACAAGCCCCUCCAUCCUCACCACCACCAAGAGGUCAGCAGCGAGAGAGCCACAGACCCAAGUGGGGACCGCAAACCUGCCACCCAUGCUCACCACCACCGUGGAGACCAUGGCCAGCCCCAUCAUGAGGGGAAGAAGCAGAAGGAGGGAAAUGAGCACUAA